AUGUCCCGGAGAACUGUUGGAAAAAAUUUGCUUACUCAAGAAGAAAUUUUGCAGAUGAUGCAAACUAUUUCGUCAGAUGAUUCUGGUUCUGAAGCUAAUAAUUCUGAUAAUGAGAAGAAUGAAUGUAAUUUUGAUGAUGAAAAAGACUCUUUGUAUACAAUUGAUGUUGAAAACUGUGGCGAUAAAAGUGAUUGUCAAUCAAGUUCUAAUAGUGAUUCUGAACCAGAUGAAGAAUUAUUGCCUGCUCAAAGUCGGAAAAAAGUUCAAGGGAAAAAUAAAUGCAGUUCUUUCAAACCAAGAUUAAGUAAAAAGAGAGAUAAUUUGAAUGAUUCUAUAUUAUCUAAUAAUAACUCUGAGGAAGAAAUAACGAAAAAUGGAACUGUUUGGAAAUAUCUUCAGCAAAAUAUUCCCGGAAGACUGCCCACACAGAAUGUUUUGAAGGAAAAAAGUGGACCCACAUCGUUUGCGAAAAGAAAUAUCAACAUUAAUUCUGCAAGCAGCACAUGGCGUCUGCUUAUAAAUGAAAAGAUGUUGAAGCAUAUACAGAAGUGCACAGAUGCAGAAAGUGCGAGGUGCAAAAAUAUCAACUGGAAAGUUUCUUUAGAAGAACUAGAUGCCUUUAUUUCUUUGCUUUAUGUUCGAGGUGCUUUACUUGCAGAAGGACUUUCAAUUGAUGCUUUGUGGUCAAAGAAAUGGGGACAUAAUUAUUUUCCUGAAACUAUGCCAAGAAAUAGAUUCAAGGAAAUUCUUAGAUACCUAAGAUUUGAUUUGAAAUCAAUGAGAUCGCAACGGCUAGUGACUGAUAAAUUUGCUCUCGUUUCCGAAAUUUGGGAGCAAUUCAUUGAAAAUUGCCUAUCUUGNAUUCUUAGAUACCUAAGAUUUGAUUUGAAAUCAAUGAGAUCGCAGCGGCUAGUGGCUGAUAAAUUUGCUCUCGUUUCCGAAAUUUGGGAGCAAUUCAUUGAAAAUUGCCUAUCUUGUUAUAAACCUGGAGAAAAUAUCUGCAUUGAUGAACAACUGUUUCCAACUAAAGUUAGAUGCAAAUUUCUUCAAUACAUGCCAAAUAAACCAGAUAAAUUUGGUAUUAAAUUUUGGUUAGCUACAGAUGUGUCAUCAAAAUAUAUUUCGAAUGCGUUUCCUUAUCUUGGAAAAGAUGAGACACGUCCUGAAGCAAUGACUGUUGGAGAGCAUGCAGUAUACAGACUGAUGGAGCCAUUUUAUAAUAGUGGGAGAAAUGUUACAACGGACAAUUUCUUUACCUCCCUGAAUUUAGCUCAAAACUUGAAACAGAAAAGCAUUAGUUUGGUAGGUACAAUCAAUAGAGCAAAAAAAGAAAUUCCCGAAAGCUUCAAGAAAACAAAGGAUGAACUUUUUUCCAGCAAAAUAGUGCACAGUAAUGGCAUAACAUUAACCUCAUAUCAGUGCAAAAAAAGAAAAAAUGUCCUUCUUCUGAGCUCCCUCCAUCCAAAUUUGAAUGCAUCAAAUACAGAGAAAAAGACUCCGGAAGUCAUAACAUAUUACAACUCUACGAAAUAUGGUGUUGAUGUGGUAGAUCAGAUGGCAAGAAAAUAUUCUGUGAAAUCCUGUUCAAGACGUUGGCCAGUUCAUGUAUUCUUCAACAUCCUUGACUUAGCAGCCAUAAAUGCGUGGGUUUUAUAUAAGGAACUGAUCGAUAUCAACAUAAGUCGCAGAGACUUUAUUUUGAAAUUAUCAGAUGAGUUAAGAAAAAAACAUCUUGACAUGCGCAAAAUAAUUCCUAAGAAGGACAUUUCAACUGAUCCCAAAACGCAUGGUAUAAAAAGGAAACAAUGUCAAGUAGCAGAGAAUUGUAAAGGUAAUAAAACAGUCAAUAUGUGUGAAAACUGCAAGAAAUAUAUCUGUGGACCAUGUACCGCAAAAGUGAAAAAAAUUAGUGUAUGUAUUUCUUGUGAAAAAGACUGA